AUGGAGAACGACCGCGGUGAAAUUGUCGACCUGUACGUCCCUCGCAAGUGCUCUGCGACGGGUCGCAUCAUCCGUGCGAAGGACCACGGAUCGUGCCAGAUUACCGUAGCGAAGGUCGACGAGAACGGUCGCGCCAUCCAGGGUGAGAACAUCAUCUACGCGCUGUCCGGCUUUGUCCGCGCCAUGGGUGAGAGCGACGACGCCCUCAACCGCCUGGCCCAGCGCGACGGCCUCCUCAAGAACGUCUGGAGCGCCCAACGGUAG